UAUCUCCCAGAGAAGACACUUUCUCCCAGAGAAGAUACAUUCUCCCAGAGAAGAUACAUUCUCCCAGAGAAGACUCUAUCUCCCAGAGAAGACACUAUCUCCCAGAGAAGACACUCCAGAACAGAGGAAGAACUCAACAUCGCAGACACUUGUCUCCAACGACACAAAAUGGCUUCCAAAUACAUCACAGAAAUUGCAAUCUCCACUACCCGUGAAAUGGACCAACAGCUUCAUGACCAAGACUAUGACAAGAUAAAUGUCAACCUCAACAAAGGCACUUCAUCCACCACCAGAGUUUACAUCUGGUACAAAAAGGGCAAUGGUAAACCCAUCACCAGAGUCCAGUUUUCAUUCACUGAUGAAAUGAAGGAUGUCCUGAAAAAGGCAAGGUUCACUGAGCUCCCAGAAAACCUCAACCCUGGAACACAAGGAGACGUCAUCCAGCUGUGGUACUCUAGUGGUGCAAGCCCUAAGUAUGACAUUCCCAUUGAAGAUCUCUUCCUCACCACUAAUGAGAAAGAAGAGGCCCACCAAUUCAAGCUCGGCUGGGAAAGGUUACCAUGCAAUCUGAACCGCAGUAACUCAGGAGAUUUCAUCACCCUCUGGUUGAAGAGAAAGAGUAAGACCUACAUCUGUGACGUUGCUGCCGCCACCUCAUUCCAACAACACAUCGACCUUUCCAACGAGGGCUAUAUCCGGCUGGAUGAAGAUCUCAAUAGAGGUUCUGGAGGAAAACCCAUCUUCCUCUGGUACCGUCAAUCCACCACUGUGGGCGGCGGGAUCACUGAGAUGAAUGCAUGCAUCAACCGUGAGCAGGAUUCCAUCCUAGUGGAGCGUGGUUUCACCGUGGUGAAUGUUAACCUCAAUGAGGGAACAUGCGGUCAGCCAGUGUAUGUCUGGUUCAAGAAAGAUGGAUCUCUCCCUAUCAAGGCCUUGACCGUUACAUCCAACCCUGAUGUAACUGGCCCUUAUGACGAGGCCGGCUUGAUCCUCAUCGAUAGAAAUCUGAAUGCUGGCAACAGUGGUAUGCCCCUCUACAUCUGGUAUGGCAAAUAAAAACCUGAGUUGGAGAGGCAGAGUCAGCCCCAAAAUAUGGCCAGAUAUUAGCUUUUGCAUGGCAAUAUAUCAGUUUAAUUUUUAAAUAUUUUUCUGACACUCAAUGUUAUCUUCUAUGUAAUAAAGUCACUGUCAGAGAAAAUUUAGAACGUUUUCUUUAAUGUUGUUUUCAAUCAAUUAACAAUUGAAUGAUUGAAAUUUUAUUUUA